AUGUACUUCUCACAUCUUCAUACUCUAUGUGCCUGUGUGGUGUUUAUUCUGCUUAGACAAGGGGUUCACGCAGAAGAUACCAUCUCCUCUACCAGCACACUCUCUCAUUCCAGCAAACCGACGAAAUCGAUUGAUUUUGCUUCUGCUUUGAAUGUUGAAGCAUCUGUUGCAGCACAGCUUAGACAGCUCGCCAAUAUACCAGCAAUCCCAAUCCCCGACGAUAUCAGCGACAUUCCAGAAUAUGAAAUCGUCCGCCGUUUGGCUCCUGCUAUGCCACCAAUUCAGGCAGGCGUCAACCUGCCCGAGGCGCAGGAGAUGAUAGCCCAGUAUCUCUCGUCAAUAAAUAAUGGCGAGACAGCAAAAACUGGAGCCAACUCACUCUUAGGGCGUAACCAAGGUGGCCUGAAGGUAAUGAUUGCUGGUGACUCUAUGACCCAAGGAGUCGAAGGAGACUGGACAUGGAGAUAUCGUAUGUGGCAAUGGUUUAAGGAAAACGGAAUUAGCGUCCAAUUUGUUGGCCCUCACACAGGCACGGUGCCGCCUCAGAAACCUAUACAGCCUCAGCCGCCGCUUUUAUAUGGCACCACACCAGCUCCUGUCCCAUAUAGUGCCUCUGGGGGUUAUGCUAAGGGGGUGGACCCUGCAUUCCUGUCUAACUGCAAUCACUUUGCUAUCUGGGGACGGGCUGCUGCCGUUAGCAAGGGCCUCGUCAAGGCAGCCGUAGAGCAAAAUCCAGCCGAUCUCAUGCUAAUUAUGUUAGGCUUCAAUGAUAUGGGCUGGUUCUAUAGUGACGCCUUUGGAACCAUCGAUAGUAUCGGUACUAUGGUUAACAAUGCCAGGUCGGUGAACCCAAAUAUGAAAUUUGCUAUUGCAACUGUUCCUCACCGCAGCUACAUUGGUGGACGAGAUGACUUGAUUGAGAAUACUAAUAUCUAUAAUAACCUUUUGCCUGGAUAUGUCGCCCAAUGGAGAACAUCCCAGUCUCCGGUGUUUCUAGUGGAUCUUGCCAAUAACUAUGAUUGCCAUCCGGGAGGUUGUCCUGCUGGUUACGAUGGCCUUCACCCCAAUGCUUGGGGGGAGUAUCAGAUUGCCAAUGCAUUUUCCAGAACCUUGGUCGGAGAUUUCAAACUCGGUUCAAAGCCCCUUGAUGUCCCAUCCGCCAGUGACCCUAGUCUCAUACGAGAUCUCCCAACACCAUCGAACUUUCAGGUUUUCUCUUCACCUCAAGGUGUAACUGCCACUUGGGACCCAGUUCAACCGCUGGGACUCUCAGUGGCCAAUCGAUGUGGAUUCACGGUGACAUGGGAUCCUCCAAGUGGUCCUUACACCGAUUCCAUUGUAGAGUACAAUGUUAUCUACUGGGAUUGGAAUGCUGACCACUGUCAGUUCAUUAGCGGUGCUGCCUUCAAGAGCUCCCCUGCAACUAUUACUAGCUUAAGUCCAGGAGUCAACUAUCUUAUAGCCGUUGUGACAUGGAACAAGAAUGGCCAGGGUUUCCCCUUCAUUGGCCACAAUGCGGUUCCUGGUGCAAAAAAACCCGGUAUCCCCAGUGGUUUAUUAAUCGAACCCCAAGACCAAUCAUCUGUCCGUCUUACAUGGAGCCCCUCUGAUUCUGCCGGUGGCUAUCACAUUUGGAGUCGUAACAUUCAUGGGACAGACAAGCUUAAGAUUAUUGCCAAUGUAACAGAGAGUACAUGCAAUGAGGAAUACUUCUUGUUUCCAGGUGUUUGGAACUACGCCUUUGCUCUUUCAGCUUUCAACGGUAACGACGAGUCCGAGGUAGGCCCUGAGAAAGUUGCUCCUUCGGCCACAAUUGCACCAGGUAAAGGAACGGGGCCCAAAUGCCCUGCAAAAGAACCGUGGUGUCCAGAAGGAGGAAGUGUUUCCGUCCCACCGGGCUCGCCUACUCCCACAAAGACUUUCCCCGGCGGUGGCCUGCCAACAAAUACAAAUGUUCCUAUCGUUACUGGUGGACACUGUGCAGGGCCGGACUGCAAAAGUAGCCAAUGCACAGAUACCAAGAUAUCCUCUGUGCAAGCCUGGGUUGUUCGGGUGUCGACUGUUACCGCGGCCACUGUAUUGGUCGCAGAUGCUGUCAUCCUGCAGGUGGCCAGCCGGGUGGUAGUGCUGAAGCUCCUCGUCCUGAUCCUGAAGAGCCAGAUGGUUGCACAACUCGCACCCUGA